ACCAUUAGUUUUUCCCUCUUCUCUCUUUCUCUCUCUCUCUCUCUCUCUUCUAUAUAUAAUUUUUCCUCCGACAUGCAAAAACCUGUCUAGAGCCAAAACCUCAGCAGUAAGGGGGUUGGUGAGGUGCAUAAUAUAUAUAUAAUCAGAGCUGACCAAUGCCUGCAUGGUUGUGUAUAUAUAUAUAUAUAUAUACAUGCAUAAAGCAGAGCAAUGCAUUCACCAAGUACGCAAACAAGCCUUUUGCUCUCUCGUCUUCUAACUCAAGCCCAUACAAAAAAAAUCAAAAAAACCAUGAAGGUGCAGAAGCAGAGCUCAAAGAUCGUUAAACCAUCUUAUGAAGGCAGCAGGGUUCCUCCUCCCUCGACCACGAGCUAUGUUCCUCUUAGCGUUUUCGAUAAGGUCACUUACGACACCCACAUAGCUAUUAUAUACGCUUAUCGUCCCCCAACCCCGCCAAAUUUAACCCUACAGUUAGGGCUUCAGAAGGCCUUAUCAGAAUAUAGAGAAUGGGCAGGCAGGUUGGGUAAGAAUGAUCAAGGUAAUCUUGUCAUUCUCCUGAAUGACGAAGGCGUGAGGUUCAUUGAGGCGUCAGUUGAUGAUUCGCUCAAUCAAGUCAUGCCGCUCCGACCAUCUGCAUCGCUACUAAGCCUUCACCCUAACUUGAAAGGUGGUGAAAAUGUCAUAGAGGAGUUAGUGCAAGUGCAACUCACAAGGUUCUCUUGUGGGUCGUUGGUGGUGGGAUUUACAGCCCACCACCUUGUGGCCGAUGGACAUGCCACUAGUAAUUUUCUAGUGGCAUGGGGCCAAGCUUGUAGAGGACUCGACGUAAGUCCUCUUCCGUCCCAUGAUCGCACCAUUUUCUCCCCUCGAGACCCACCUCGGUUUGAGUUCAAGCACCAAGGAGUGGAAUUCAAGAACAAAAAGUAGCUCGACACUAUUGAUUUUCAUUGUGACUAUAAUAACUCCACUGAAGGAGUUGUGGUGCACAAAGCUCAUUUCACGUUGGAGUUUCUAGCCAAGCUCAAGGCAAAGGCUAAUUCUAACUUGGCAUCAAAUAUUAAUGGUGGAUUCAACAUGAAACCAUACAGCACAUUUGAGAGCCUAGUUGGUCAUCUAUGGAGAGUCAUUACGAAGGCUCGAGAUCUUGGUGGGUUCGAAACCACGUGCAUAAGAAUAUCUGUUAAUGGACGCACAAGAUUGAACCCUAAGGUACCUAGUGAGUACUUUGGAAACUUGGUCCUUUGGGCAUUCCCUAGUUCAAGGGUUAAGGACCUUCUACGGGAGCCCCUACCCUAUGCAGCCAAGCUCAUUCACGACACUGUUGCGAAGGUGAACAAUAACUACUUUAGGUCUUUUAUUGACUUCGCAACCUACAAGGUAGAGGAGGAAGAGUUGGUUCCAACAGCAAACAUGAACAAGUCGAUUUUGUGCCCUAACUUAGAGGUUGAUAGUUGGCUAAGGUUUCCAUUUUAUGACCUAGAUUUUGGGAGUGGGUGUCCUUACAUUUUCAUGCCAUCCUAUUUCCCAACGGAGGGAAUGAUGUUUCUCCUACCUUCAUUCCUAGGGGAUGGAAGCAUAGAUGCUUUCAUCCCUCUUUUUGACGACAGCUUGGCUUCCUUCAAGCAAAAUUGCUAUUCCAUAGACUAGAAAUCAGGUAGAACUAGUCAAUAUUCUUAAUUUCACUGAGUUUGUUAUCUAUGGUUUAUAAGAAAUAAUUAGCAUUAUAGCUUUUGUAUCUUGACCCUUGAUCCUCAAAUAGAUGUAAAGUGAAACUCACAACAGAUAUCGAGGUCAUAUAUAGACAUAAGGGAAUUUGUAGUUGUGGGUUCUACUCCUAUGUCUAUUAGAGAAAGGGAUCGAAAUACAAAUUUGGAGAUAGUGAAUAGUGUCCAUGAUCAAUUAUCAUGAUUUCAUUAUGUUGGAAACUUUAAUUUUUUUGUAUUGUAAUAAUAUAUAAUGCAACGAUGCAAUAUUUCUACUCUUUUGAAGCA